AUGGCAGCGAUUUUCAAGCACAAUUUCUACGUCGAUCGACCUCGAGGUCUCGGACUUCUUCAGUUACCGACUGGAAUGACAGACGAACGUUCCGCUCCUUUCUUCCCGAACAUCUACAUUGCUGGAGAUAAGGCCGGGGAAAAACCUGCAUCCGUUCCAGAUGUGCACCUUCCCGGUCAGAUGGCUGUAUUCAGUGGACGAUCCGCUUUCAACCCGUUCACGCAUGUGGUCGCCGCAACAUUUAACGAGGAUCUCUCGGACUCAUUUGGCACAGGAUUUGCCGUCAAUGGUGUUAACAAUCACAAUCUACAAGUCCGUCGAAAUUUCGAUCAAUAUGCGAACGCAGGCUACGCAGGUGUAUUUGGCCGUUGA